UUUUCAUGUUAUCGAUUUUCAUUAUUUAGCUAAUUUCAUAAUUAUAUAAUAUUUUGUUAUGAAUUAAAUAAGAUUGCAAUCGCCUUUUGGCAUACAAUAUAAUAUGCAUUAACGAGAUUAUUCAAACCAGAAAAUAUAUUAGUGUUUGAAGGAUGAUUAAUUGGAAAUAUAAGGAAGAAAACGCGUUUUCAAAGAGAAAAUCGGAAUCAGAAAAAAUUUUACAAAAAUAUCCAGACAGAAUACCCAUAAUAAUUGAAAAAAUUCCAUAUUCAGAUGUUCCUGAGAUAGAUAGGCAUAAAUAUUUAGUCCCUCAGGAUAUAUCUGUAGCUCAAUUGAUAUGGAUAAUAAGAAAACGUUUAAAUAUCUCAUCUGACAAAUCUAUGAAUAUUUUUGCAAAUAAAACUAUCCCAAAUUCAACUGUAUUAUUAAAUGAAUUAUACUAUCAGCAUAAAGAUGAAGAUGGAUUUUUAUAUAUCAGUUAUACUGCUGAAAAUGCAUUUGGAUAACAUUAAUCUUUUACUUUUUAACUUAGGAAUAUUUUAUAAUAAAUUUUAUAUUUAAUAUAUUUUUAAUAGUAUUUAUUACCUUUUUAAUUAAAUAUAUUAUGAGCAUCAAUUAUAUUAUGUACAAUAUAGUUUUAAAAACACAUAAUUUUUAUGCUUUUAUAUGAUAUCAUAAAAUUAUAUUCGGCAAUAUCUUUUUUACA